AUGAGUGUCCCUAUCGCGAUGAGCACGACAACUACUCCUCCGGAACAGGAGAAUGGGUUCUCAUCUGGCAUCGUCGCGAGGAAGUUGAGUCGAAAGUCGCAUCGGAAAUCAAGGAAUGGAUGUCAGAAUUGCAAACAGAGGAAGAUUAAGUGUGAUGAGAAGAAACCUCAAUGUGCAAAUUGCAGUAGACACUCUGUACAUUGUAGAUAUCCCCAUGGGAGCCCGCAACAUGUUUCUAGUCCUGAGCCUUCGGGCAUGUCGGAGGUGCCUUUGAUGCCUCUGGGGAAGAAGACUGAAGGCAUGGGGAUGAGUGAUCUUGGGGCGACGACGAGGGCGCUUGGGUUGACGCAGAUUCAACCUCAGAUUCUGGCACCAAAUCCACUGCAGGGUGUUGGGCCGAUGCAGUCAAAGGGAUUACCUUCUCAUAUCCUGUCUCAAGGACUACCUUCUCAUAUAUCAACAACGCAACAAGCGUUUCCGCCACCUCAACUCGCGCCUAUCUCAUCACCACCACAUCCACCACCCCCUCAGGAAAUCCAACACCCUUUACCAAACCAAAUGGCUCGUCACUCACCCAGACCUUAUCGCCAACCUCUAAACGUGACUGAUCUCGAACUUCUCCACCACUACAACAUCUCAACCUCCUACACUCUCGCCAACGACUCAGGACUCCAAACCUGUUUCCGGAUCAACGUCCCCCAAAUAGGAGUAUCCUACCCCUUCGUCCUCCAUGGAAUCCUCGCCCUGGCCGCUCUUCACCUCUCCCGCUUCAAACACGGCGCUCAGAAAGCGCACUACAUAUCUGAAGCGCAGUACCACUACGAAACAGCACUUGACCAAGCAACGGCUCUCAUGCCCUCCAUCAGCGCCGAAACCUGUUCGGCGCUCUACCUCUUCACAACCUCCUGCCUCUACAUAACCCUCGGCCUCGGUCCACGUCCAGGGGAUUUCUUGCUUUUCGGCGAAGGAGGCCCUCCAGAGUGGCUAGUCAUGCAUAACGGCAUGAAAUCCAUUGUUGAAACCUGUGGAGAACAUCUUAGGAACAGCGAUCUUGCACCUCUAUUCUUAUUGCAAUCACAAAUCACAAACCAAGGCCCGCAAUCCCAUCCUCAUCUCGACAUCCUACGCGAUCUCAUCCUCGCCUCCAACUCCCCAGACACCAACCUCUAUCUUUCCACACUUACGCUGCUUGCGCGCUCGUUCCCAGCUGCGCCCUCAGGACCGUAUACUGCGCAAGCGUCACCUCAUAUCGUCUUUGCGUGGUUGUACCGCUUGGAUGAGAGUUUUGUGGCGAAAUUGAGGGCGAGAGAAAGUAUUCCGUUGGUGCUCCUGGCGCAUUUUUGCGUGCUGUUCAAUAGCUUGAAAAGCUUCUGGUGGACGAGAGGGUGGGUGGAGCAUUUGAUGGGUGAGAUUUAUGGGAGUUUGGGGAAGGAGUUUAGGUUGUGGGUUAAGUGGCCGAUGGAGGAGAUUGGUUGGGUUCCUGGGUAG